GAUGAAGAUCGAGCAUUCCAACCUCGUUGUCUAGGCCAUUGUCGUUUGCCGGUCAAUCAGGGAGUGGGACGUCUUCUUUCAUCGCUUGAAUCACGACCUUCCCAUGUUCUCCGUCUCCAUCUUCUGGCUUGACCCUGAGCACCAGCAGCCGGAGCGGAUCCCUGUUUUGGUGGUGCAGGUAUAGCGAGCGAGGCCUGCCACUACGUCAAAAGAAAGGGCUUCGACAAUGGGAAUUAAAGGGCUCCAUGUUCUCCUUAAAUCAAUCCAGAAACAAUGCCACCUAAAAAACUUUAGUGGACAGACAUUAGGCGUCGAUGCCUACGGAUGGCUACAUCGUGGCACGGUCGCGUGUUCCGUGGAUUUGGUCCUGGGCAAGCCCACGAGAAAACAUAUCGACUUUGUGCUAAACCGAGUGCGCAUGCUUAUCUACUUCGGAGUGACGCCAUACCUCGUGUUCGACGGAGAUAAUCUUCCCAGCAAGUCUGGCACCGAAGCCAGUCGUCAGAAAAAGCGACAUGAUAGCAAGGCACUCGGGAUGGAGUUGCUCCGAAAGGGCCGAACGAAGGAAGCGUACCAGGAACUGCAGAAGGCGGUUGACGUAACUCCACUCAUGGCGCGUGAAUUGAUCGAAGAACUGAAGCAGAUGAGCGUCUCAUUUGUCGUGGCUCCGUACGAAGCAGAUGCGCAGCUUGUAUAUUUGGAGCAGCAGGGCAUCAUCGAUGGGAUCAUCUCUGAAGACUCCGACUUGCUCGUGUUUGGCGCAAAACGCCUGCUGUCUAAGCUCGACCACCAUGGCGACUGCAUUGAAAUCAAUCGAGCGGACUUUGGGGCUUGCCGAGACGUCAGUCUGAUAGGAUGGUCGGACGACGACUUUCGGCGUAUGUGUAUCCUCGCCGGCUGUGACUAUCUGGCCAACAUCCCGCGGAUGGGUUUAAAAACAGCUCACCAGAGCAUACGAAGAUACAGGAACGUCGAGAAAGCCGUGCGAAUGCUUCAGUUUGACGGCCAAUAUCACGUUCCUGCGGACUACUUAAAGGACUUCAAACAGGCAGAGCUCACUUUCCUGUAUCAGCGAGUCUAUUGUCCCAAGGUCAAAAAGCUGGUUACGCUCAGUGCUCCUGAAAGUGAUAUCAUCCUAGAAGAAAUGCCUUUUAUCGGCGGCGACGUUGAGCCUGAGGUUGCAGUGGGCGUUGCUCAUGGAGAUUUGGACCCAACAACCAAGCAACCGCUGGUGUUGAAGCCACCAGUCGCAGCGAGGUAUACCGAGAAACGAUUCCCAAACACUUUACAGCGCCGACAAACACUCGGAUCAGCCGCCGAAUUGAAGUCCAACAAGCCCAUUAACUCCUUUUUCACUCCAAGACGAAUGCCAUUAGCUGAGCUAGAUCCGAAUAGUCUCACGCCUUCGCCAAGUCAGCAACGGCUCCUGGAGCGACAUGCCAAUACUUCCUGGGAGAGCAGUCCCGUUCCCACACAGCCCACUCUAAUGAGAUCGGCCUCAUCUGUCACAACGUCGAACAGAUUCUCCAGCCCCUUGACGAGAAGUGUGGAGCGGGGCUCUUUCCUUCCCCACGCCUCCAAAGUUCUUGCCCUGCAAUCCUCUAAGCGACAGCGUCUCUGUUCAGACAUAGAUGACGGAAACUCGCCAAGUGUUUCUAGUUGUCGCAGUCGGUUCUUUGCGGGCCGUGCUAACGAAUCUAGCCCUAUUGGACUAAAGGCGAACCGAACCAAGAAAGCUCGGAAACAUUCACUGGACGUCUUUUCAGACGAUUCAGUAGAGGAUAUGAUGUCUCAGAUUCCGGAUCCAGCCGAGCCUUCUGCGAAAGAUGCAAGCCAUAAAAACCAAGAUGCUGGCUUGGGCCCAGCUCCGGGCGGGGACGUUCUGCUCCCGCAGAGCACCGAGACCGAUGCCCCUGACCACCUGACUCACGAGCCGGAGCAGAAACAAGACGUGCCAUCCGGACUCGCUCCUGUUCAUGAAGACAACCCCAAGUUUGUCAGCCUGGAGUACAAACCGGCCGUGUCUCAGCAAGUACUCGACCAUCACACCGAAAAGCAAAACUCGUCGCUGCUCUCGAGGUUUGCAUUCCAGGGCAGAGAUAGCAGCGCUCCUUCGGAGAGCGUCGGCCGCGCAGAAAGCAAUGGACGGCUGCCACCUCCCGUGGGACACUCGCAAUUGUCGAUCGGCCUGAGAACCGGAAGUCUAAGGACACCGCCCAGACGUGGACGGACAACACCUUUGCAACGACUGGGUCAAAGUGCCUUGGCUAGGUCCCGGUCUCUCAGCCAUCUUUCGUCUUCAUUAGCCGCAUUUCGAGCGUCCAAGGUUUCAAUAACCCCUGUCGAGGCCCCCAAAAGUAGUCCGAGUAGCACCCAUAAUCUGAUGACGACCUGCCAUGGGAGUGAAGACAUGAUCAUUCCGGACAGUGAGGACGAAGAAGAGUUGGAAGAACCCGAGGAUGAAGCGACUGGAGGCCGGCCAAUUCCAGUUGCUAUUGAUCUCAAACGGUUCUGUUUUGCGGGCCGAUAGAUGCACUUGGAGUGCCUGGACACAUGAUUAACAUGAUCAACAACAACAACAACAACAACAACAACAACAUCAUCAUCAUCAUCAUCAUCAUCAUCAUCAUCAUCAUCAUCAUCAUCAUCAUCAUCAUCAUCAUCAUAUCAUCAUCAUCAUUGCGGGCGUUCUCUGGGAUACUGUUAAUUUUGUCUAUCCAUGGCAUUGGGUUAGUGAUUGAGAUACAUAG